UAUAGUUUAGUCAAAUAAAAAUUAAUAACUUCGGUGAUUCGUGUGAAUAAAGAUCUACUUAGUAUUACAUAAAACUAAAAAAAUGUUCUUUUACAAUUCAUUACUUUUACUUAGUAAUAUUUUAAUUGUAGCAGUACACACUCAAUCUGAAAGUCGAGCAAGCCUUGGAAAUUCAUCAUGUAGUUAUUCUGGUAAUCUCAAAGCAGAAUGUGAUUUAGAGGAUGUCAGUAUUGCGGAUAUACCAUUAGCGUGCACGGCUGUAAUCUUUGAUGGAAUUUAUAUGGAUUUAGCAUACAAUGCUUAUGCACCUUGCGGAGGAGAUGAUUUAUUGGCUAAAUUAGACAUGAUGUUGAAAAGUUCUAAGAAUGUAUUUGUAUUGUAUGGUCACUCAACUCAAGAAGAAUGGUCUCAAGUACUUGCUUGUGAAGUAUGUAAUAAUGGAACAAACUCACAGGAUGAAAUGAAAGGCUUAAAAUCAUUUUUGGAUCAACAUCCGGGGAUAAAAGGUCUACUAAUUACAAAUUUAGAACUUGAUGACAACUCCGUAGAUUUUCCCGAAUACUCUGAAAAUUUAAAAGUUUAUCUUGAUACAAUGAGAUCGACUUUUCCUGAUUUGGCUAUUGGCCUUUAUUUAGUCGGAAAAUUUAUAGUAGAUCAGUAUACCCACCCAAAAUCAACUUGGUUGAAUUUCACAAUAAUAGAUUCAUCCGUAGAUUUCUACAGUAUUUCUGUAGUGACUUUUAAUGAUUGUACUGAUGAAUUCAAACUUCUUGGAACAGCUCCAAUAGGAUUAUCGAAAUCAUUAAAUACUACAAGUUUAGGACAUUCAAAUUCGUCAAGUACAGGUUCAUCGAAUUCAUCAAGUACAGGUUCAUCGAAUUCAUCAAGUACAGGUUCAACAAAUGUAACGAUGCCAGUUACAAAUUAUACAUUGAGUAAUUUAAAAGAUAUUUUAGCAGACAUAUCUAUUCCACAAAAUAAAACAUAUUAUAGAUAUAGAUUGAGCCCUUUGUCAUCGGAUGAUACAUUAUCACUGUGUAACGAUACCGUUGCCGAGUUUUGUUCAAAUGCAACUGGUUCAAGUUCUUGGUGUUUCGAUACUAUAGAAUCGUUUAAUGAAAAAGGUCAAUUUGCCAAAGAAAAUGGAGCAGGAUUUAUAGUUAAUAUUAUCGAUUUAAAUGAUCCUGAUAAUGUUUGUAAGUGUGGACCAUAUCCAUCGUUUAACGCUAUUUUAGAUGGUUAUAAUGGUAUUAGUGCUAAUACCUCAAAAGAAUGUGCUUUAUUAAAGAGAUCUUAGAAGAUAUAGCUAAACAAUUUUUGGAGGAUAUGCAUCACCUCAUUUUAGAUCAUUUUGUAUUGUUUAACUAAAAUGAUUUUUAAUUUUCAGUUACGGUCUUGAUUUAGACUAUUAUGAUAUUAUUUAAGAUUGUUCACAUUAUGUUUAUUAAAUUUAAAUAAUUUUGUUAUAUUAGAAAAUUUAAAAAAUAUAUAUUUAACAAUUUACUAAA